AAUUAUGUAGAAAUAUUCAAAGCAAAGUGCAUAAAUUAAAUAUUGUAAGAUACAGAAUAAAUUAUCCGGUGACACUUCAAAUGUGAUGCAGGAGGGAGUUCGGAAGCCUAAUAGCCUGAGGGAAGAAGUUGUCUCCCGUCCUGACUGUCUUUCAUGCAUCAGAGUCUUCUGCCUGACAGUAGAGUCAAAGAGGUUGCUGGAUGGAUAGUAGGAAUCCUUGAUAACACUUAGGGCCCUGUGUACACAGAGCUCCUGAUUAUGUUCCUGAUAGAUGGUCUGGAGACUCCUAUGAUCCUCCCAGCCAUUCUCCCAGUCCUUUUUAAGGAUUUCCAGUCUGAGCUCGGCUGCUCUCAUACCAGAUGGAGAUUCAGCCUGUCAGGGUGUGCUCAAUGGUGCUACUGUAAGAUUGAGUUAAGAUGUGGGGGAGCCUAUCUAGUCUUUCCUUAUAACUGAAGCCUUCCUACGCAGGUAACUUUCUUGUUAAUCUCCUCUGUUCCGGCUCCAUAGUAAAACUAAACUUGGUAUAUAGGCUAUGAAUCUGUGGGUGGCUCUAGUUUCUAAAAAGGGGCAACCUUUGGUAUCAUUAGGCAUUUACACAGAUUGCUGGAGCUGUGGAUUAGCUUUACUUGUAACAUAUACAUUGAAACAUUAAGUAAAAUGAGUUGUUUACAUUAACGUGUCACCAUGUAGCAUGCCCACAACUUCCUGACACUAAUCCGUACACCUUUGGAUUGUGGAGGAAGCUGGAGCUCCCGGAGGAAACCCAUGUGGUCAGGGGAAGAACGUACAAACUCCGUACAGACAGCAGUGGGAAUUGAACCCCGAGUUUGCUGAGGCAGACAGUGUAGAAGGUUGUUCUACAUUACAUAAGAUUCAGAGCUGGGCUGGGAAGUGGCAGAUAGAGUUAAGAUAAUAAGCCUGAAGAUGACAUGACCUGGUCUUGCCCCCCUCAGCUUCCAACGUCUUGGCGUCAGGAGAGGAGGAUCACAAAGCCGGCGAGCCUGCCUCAGGGGACUGUAUGCUGAAAGCCAAGAGCGAAGGGGAAGAGAAGAAGGCGAGGAGGAAGAAGAAGAACCCAUCGGCUGGGGAGGAGAGCCAACUCCCUCUGCUGCCCCCCACCAUGGAGAGCUCCUCCGCCUCCUAUGUCAUCGAGUGGCUGUGUGCGCAGCCGGCUGCCGGGCAGCACGGCCCCGCAGAGGACCCGUCGUCUUUCCACGACCUCUACCACCGGGUCGACGGGCUGCCAUCCUGUGCCUCCUCCAUCUCGAGCUUCUCCUCCUCCUCAGGCGAGGCGGGGGAGCCGGGCCCGCGCAACGGCCUCAACAGCUACGUGCAGACCAUCCGCUACUGCAGCUGCGAUCGGCCGGGGGACUGCGGGCACAGCCGGCCCGAGGGGAACGUACAGGGCCAGCCCGGCAUCACCGUCACGGUGGGCGACAAGCGGGUAGAUCCCCACCCGGCGCCGGGCCGCGUGGUUGGCACCCGUCGAUCUCCGGGGCAACCGCCCCAGGGUCGCUUGACUGGCUGCAGCCGGUCUCCGGAGCAACCCGCUUGUGGUUGUGUUCAGUCUCCGGGGCAACCGGCGCGUGACAGCGACCGCUCCCUGAGGCAACAACCACCGGGCGGCCCCUGCAGGUCUCCGGGGCAACCGGCCCGUGAAACCAGCCCGGCGCAGCGGCAAGAGGGGCACGGCGACGCGGAGGCCGCUGAGCCUGUAGACGUCACUGGCUGGGCCGGCACGGUCCAGACCGGGACCCCCGGGUCUGGCACUCGAGCAUCGCCUGCCCAGGGCUGGGCAGUCGGGAGCGUGGUUCCGGAGCGGGGCGCUGGGACUCAGGAUGCGAUGGUCAGCGGACAGAAGAAGACAGAGCCCCAGCAAGGAGAAACUCACAUGUCAGGAGCGUCUGUGUCACUGGAGAUGUCGACAGAAGAAGUUUGCAAAUGGCUGACCGACUCUGGCUUCCAAUCGUGUGUCCAUCAUGACACAGGAAGCACUGACAUUGACAACGUGUUCUGUGGUGUGGAGUUACCAACGGACAGGCCAGGCUCAGAGGAUCGGAUAUCAGGAGAACAUUUGCUUCAGGCGAACCCCAGUUACGUGAUUCUGGAGGACUUGGCGGUGGAAUCAGCGAUCAAGAACUCACCAGUGGACAUUUUGGACUGUCACCAGACUCAGCAACUGGUUCAGGACACACCGUCUAAAUCUGUGCCAUUGUCUCCUGCUGCUUCUGAACAGGACCAGGUGCCCCUGCUGAAUCGGAGAGUGCUUGAACUCUCAAAGGUGGUGGAUGAAGGGCUGCGUGAAGCGGGGCGCCAAGUCCAGGAAUGUGAUCUGUGGACACCACUGGAUCCGGCGCUAAAGAAGGACCAGCUGGGACGUAUCCAGGAGAUGAUGGAAGAGGUGGAAGAGAAUAUUUUGCAAAUCGAGUUAGGGCAGCAGUCCUAUAGUUGGAAAGACAGGGACCUGGCCAAGGACUCGGGCGAAGGUUCUACUCUGGAGUUGCACCUGAUCCAGCAGAAGGUGGUAUUAUUGCAGCUGAAACAGCGGUACUGUCAGGCGAAAAUGCAGCUCUGCGUGAACGACCUCCAGGACCUGUUGCAACAGGCAAAGAAACCGCUGUCACCCCUGGUCCCUUCAUCAGCCCAGUUACUACAGGUGGAGGUGGAUACGGACCCACGUAAGCAGUGGGCCAGUCUGGACAUCGAUCCAUCAGGGACCCCCAUGGUAACAUCAUCUGCGCUACCAGGACUGGCUGAAGGAGAUCGGACUGAUGAAGGGUCUCAGCCCAAAACGUACGCAGCUUGUUCGCCUCCGUUGAUGCUGCCUGACCUGCUGAGUUCCUCCAGCAUUUUAGUUGCUUGGAGUGUUCUUUUGUCUUCAUGGUGUCAUUUUUGCCAGGAUACUGACUCACCGGCAGUUGGACCUUCCAGAUACAGGCUGAUUGAGAUCAAUGGAAGAAGUGCACGGGAUUGCUCUGUGGAAUCUUUGGAGCAGAUGCUUGGUGAAACAGGCACUACCCAGGUUUUGGUCCUGCGGAAUGAGGAGAGGCAGCCCAGGAAGUCGGCGGAAGGUGCCUGCGCUCUGGAGAGUGCCCUCAAGGAGCUGACGGACCUGCAGUCUGACUUCAUCGCUACCAGUGUUGAGCUGUCGGCUCUCAGGAACGAGAAGGGGGAGAUGUGGGCUGAGAUCCAAAAGCUUCGGGAACGGGAGUCCCUCCUUCUGCAGGAGAACAAGCGAGCUCUUCAUUCAGCUGACAUGCUCAAACAGCUGCUGGAGAGGUCAGAGUACCGGUGGAUAUUCCUGAAGGAGCAGCUGGAAGCAAUGAAAGAAGCCUUUCAGCUGGAGACAAGGAAGCUGGAUACAGUGGAGGCAAGGCUGAAGGAAGAGAUAGAUGCUCUGAAACAGAAAUCCUGCCAGGAUGACAAGAAAAUCAAAGACCUUGCAGCAGCCCUUAAAGAAAAGGUCCAGCCUGACCAGGAUGUUACUUCUGAACAGCUAAAGCUGGUGCAACGACAGAAGUCACUGGCGAAAGUCAAGGAGGGUGUGCAGCUCCCGGAACAGCUGGAGGACAGACGGCAGCAGUCCGAGACCCCGUGCGAGGAAUGGCCGCACUCCCCAGGCCCACAGGCAGAUGGCCAAGGAUCCCGACCCACCUCGGGGCUGGCAGCCACCUGCAGACAGUGUCUGGACCACCGGGCCUGCGGUGACCGACAGGUAGAUUGCCAGGCGGUGCCGCGGUGCCAGCUGCAGGGGCACAGUGCUGAGGACAACUGGCCCUGCUCCCAAUGUGAAGGACACGGUCUUCAAGCGCGACAUCCGCACCGGGAACCCGGAAGCCUGAAGGGACAGCAGCCACACGACCAAGAGAAGGUCCCAGCGCGGCAGGAACUCUUGCUGGCCAGGGCAGUGCGUGAUCCCGAGCAAGAGCAGCGAGCGGGUCAGGACUUACGCCGAGAGGGCCAUCGCUGCCAGAGCUCAGCAGAAUCCGCCAGCACACCACCUCCUUCCAACCGGACUGACCAGGGCCAGCCCGCAGCCCACCUCCAAAGCGAGCGGGAUUCCCACCCCGGGAGACCCUUCGACAGACGGCAGCGGAAUCCCUGUCAGGGCUGGGAUGGGGGCCAGGGGUCUCACGGCUGCCGGAGACCCAGCCACGGGCACGUCCGUCCGGCAGAAGAGCGGCCAGCCCGAGGCACCGAGGCGAGGGAGAGGGAGCGGCCGGUGCCCCACACCUGCCGGCGAGCCCGGCCAAAGGAGUCUGGGGAUCACAUUCUGAGGCUGAGCGUCAGGUUGGGAGAGGAACCCGCAGCUGGGCCUCGGGGUGGACUGGAGGAGCCGUCUGCCAGGACACGCCACAGGAAGCGAGUGUCGCACCAUUUGGCAGCGAAGAGGCACCUCUGCCCAGAACAUGGUUUUGUAACAGACUCACUUAACACAAAGCUCCAUAAAGAACAGAGGGCAGCGUUUGUUCUGAACUCUCAGGAUCUAUCAAAAGAGACCACUGCAAAGAAGAAGCAGCUGGCUCAACUACUGCAGAUGGUGGCAAAUCACACCUCCCAUCUUCUCAAGGGAAACAUGCUGGAAAAACAGUCUUGGAGCCCUUACAUGACCCUGAUGUGACUAUACUUAAAAAGGUCAGCUCUCCAGCAACUUGUGGGCAGGUUUGUGGUCGGACACCAGUUCAGGUUCCAAGGAUGCCAGACAAUAAAGAUUAACCUGCACAUCAUUGGAGACAGUCCAGGAGAAGCUCAUUAGGAUCAUUGCCAGGAGGAGAGUCAAUAGUUCAAUAGUUCCAUUUCAUAUCAGAGAAUGUAUACAAUAUACAAUCUGAAAUUCUUGUUUGCCCGAUCAAGAGAGGCUUGGUUCUGUAUUUCUUGUAGUUUAGAAAAUGAGGGAUAAUUUCUUGAAAUAUAGAGGAUCCUGAAGGGAGGCUGAUGCUGAGAUGUUAGUCAAAGAAUGUCAGACAAGGUGAUACAGUUUCAAACUAAAAAGCCAGUCAUUUAGAGUUAUAGAAUAAUACAGCAGGAAAAAGGCCUUUGGCCCAACUUGUCUGUGCUGACCAAGAUGUUUAUCUAAGCUAGGCCCACUAAAGUACAUAAACAUUUCUUCUUGCAGAGGGCAGUGAACCUCUAGGAGGUUUAUUGCAGUUGGACAACUACAGGUAUCUAAAGAGAAGGUAGAUUAUUUUGUUAUAAUAUGGGAGAAUUGGUGCAGAAGAGGAGUUGAGGCCAGCAUUGAUCAAUCAUGGUCGUCGUGAACUGCAGGGCAGGCUUAAGGCCUACUACCUGCUCCUAUUUUCCUAAGCUUCUGUGUCCACAGACUGACAGGACUUCCUAUCAUUAAAGAGAACGUGCAAGGGCAAGGAAACAUCAUGUUAA